AUGGCUCCUGUUCUUUCAUUGCUCAUUGCGGCUUGCUUCUUCUUAAACACGGCAUUUGCCCUUCCUCGUGACAACAUACUCUCUCUUGCUAGAAAGUCCGCUGAUAACACUGGGUCUUCUGUCGAAGUCAACGUUCUCUACAGCUUUGGCAGUGGAACCUGGGCGGAGAAUCUCGCAGUUCGCGCUAAUGGGCAAAUCCUUGUUUCGCGUCUGGACACACCUGAGGUGUUACAGCUUGACCUGAAGGGAAUAAAGGAUCCAAUCACAGUUGCUUCAUGGGAUUCGGCAACCUACAUGGGCUGUCUCGGUAUCUCUGAGACGACCACCGACUUAUUCUAUGUGGUAACCUCUGGUUUUGUCAACAGUGACUUUGUGCUUACCUCGGGUGUCAACAGCAUUUGGGAGAUUGAUAUGUCUACUUUCUCCGUAUCUGAGCACACAGGCAAGGUUGUUUCCAACGCCACCGUCUCCAAGUUGGUUGAUGUGGAAACUUCAGAUUUCCUGAACGGACUUACUACCCUGUCUGACGACUUGAUUCUUGUCGCUGAUGCCUAUAACGGCUGGGUGUACCGUGUUGACACCAACACCGGUGUCUACUCGAUCGCCAUCAACGAUGAGAUAAUGAGAUUUGACUCAAUCUCAAACCCCCCGACCAAUAUCGGUGUCAAUGGUAUCAAGCUGCAUGAUGGUUACCUUUACUGGUCUAACACAGCGGUCGGUACUUUGAACCGUAUCGCCAUCACGAGUCGGGGUGCUGCUGUCGGCGAAUCUGAGGUCGUUGUCAGCAAUGUUCCCAAAGCCGAUGACUUUAUCUUCAAAAGUGAUGGCGUUGCCUUUAUCGCUCAGAACCAGAUGGAUGAGCUUAGUGUCUUGUACCCCGGACAGUCCAAGGCCAAUGUCAUCGCCGGUAGCAAUAUCUCAACUAUUCUGGCGGGCGUCUCAGCUGGCAAGUUCGGUCGGUUGCCUAGUGAUGAACACAUUCUCUACUUGACCACCAGCGGAGCUGAAGGACUACCUAUCAAUGGCACGGUGACUGUUCCCGCGACCCUCUCGUGGAUCGACACUUCAGAUUUUUGA